GUGGCAUCUACGACUGAAGUCUGCCAGGCAAUAUACGCUGUGCAUGGAACAAUCUAUGAAUGUGGAGAUGUUCUUGAUUCUGAAUAUUCUGGAUUUGCUCUAGACUGGUAUUAUGGUAAUGCAACCAUCAAGUAUUCAUACUUGGUAGAGCUACGUGACCAAGGAGAGUAUGGUUUCUUACUGCCAGAGGAUCAAAUCAUUCCAUCUGGUGAAGAGACAUACGCAGGAAUGAAAGCAGCUAUCAAAUUCGUUCAAGACAACGACAUGGCUUGAAAAUAAACAUUCGACAUUAAUAUGUAUCUUCUUUUACGUUGGUCAGCUUUUUGAUGAUUGAAAUAAUUUUGAUAUAACCUAUGCUUAAAGCCUUUAUUCAUUUACACAACUUAAUUUCCGUAAACAUUGUUCUUUCAAUGCUGUGAAUUCGUUGAACCUGGAGGUAAACAGACAUACUUCAGUCAGCCAAAGAUGAAAUGCGAUAUGCUAAACGCAAAAUACAUUAUUCUAUAUCUUUAAACAUUCCCUUAUCGCUCAACCCAUGUACUAAUGCUAUUUCAAAAAUGUAAAGAGACUGACAUUGUUUCAAUAAACUGAUUCCCAACUAUU